AGUGUGACUCCGACCAGCUGUUUCCCGCCUUGAAAGCCAUCUGAUCAGCUGCACGCGCACACUACAACACACACACAGUAACACACCAUAACACACACACACACACGCACUCUCUCGGUCACGCGGACGGAGGGAGGGAGGAGGGGGAGGAGAGAGAGGCAGAGCCACACACCGAGGGAACCCCAUCAGCUGGAAGUCCGGUUCCGUUACAACUCGGAGCCUCGCAGCGCCUCGGUACCGGAGCAGGGUUCGGUGUCUCGGCUCGGAUCGGCGGGUUCUGCUCCUGGUCUUCCUCCGGUUCUGGUUCCGCGGACACGGUGCUGCUGGUCUCGGGGGGCGGGGGGGACCGAGCAUGGAGUACUUCAUGGUUCCGGCCCAGAAGGUUCCGUCGCUGCAGCACUUCAGGAAGACGGAGAAGGAGGUGAUCGGGGGUCUGUGCAGUCUGGCCAACAUUCCUCUGACUCCAGAAACAGCUCGGGACCAGGAGAGGAGGAUUCGCAGAGAGAUCGCCAACAGCAACGAGCGUCGGCGUAUGCAGAGCAUCAACGCUGGAUUCCAGUCCCUGAAAACACUCAUCCCACACAGCGAUGGAGAGAAGCUCAGCAAGGCGGCCAUCCUGCAGCAGACAGCAGAGUACAUCUUCACUCUGGAGCAGGAGAAGACGCGACUUCUGCAGCAGAACAGUCAACUCAAACGGAUCAUCCAGGAGUUGAGUGGUUCCUCCCCCAAGAGGAGGCGUGCGGAGGAGAAGGACGAGGGGAUUGGCUCCCCAGACAUCCUGGAGGAGGAGAAGACCGAGGACCUGAGGAGGGAGAUGAUCGAGUUGAGGCAGCAGCUGGACAAAGAGCGUUCAGUCAGGAUGAUGCUGGAGGAGCAGAUGCGCUCCUUUGAUGCCCAGCUGUACCCAGAGAAGCUGAAGGCCAUCGCCCAGCAGUUCCAGGAGCAGCAGGUCCAGACGCAGAGCCUGGUCCGGAUUCAGCAGCAGAAAGUGCUGGAGAAGGACCUCACUCCGGCCCACAGCCCACAGGUGUUGGCCCCGGGGACGCCCCCUGCACCGACACACCACCCCACGGUCAUCGUCCCCGCCCCUGCCCAGACCCCCCAGCCCCACCACGUUACCGUGGUAACCAUGGGCCCAGCAUCAGUCAUCAACACAGCGUCCACGUCUCGACAGAACCUGGACACCAUCGUUCAGGCCAUCCAGCACAUCGAGGGCACCCAGGGGGGGAGGAGCAGCGUGGAGGAGGACCAGCGGAGGGCCGUCAUCGUCUCCUCGGGUCGCCUCCUCUCCGAUGCUGCCGCCUCAGACACGGCCUCCAACAGCGACGGGCCUGAUGACUGUUCUCUGCCUUGAGCUCAUCAGCUGACGCUUCACACACACACAGACACACCGACACACACACGCACACACACACUCACACACGGCCAGCAGACAGCAGAGCCUCACUAACAGGGCUGGUAGUCAGACUGAAGCACUCGUUUUUAGUUGUUCUGUUGGGCAGCCCACAUAGUUUACAGCCGUUCUUUCUCUUCACUCACAAACAAACCCACGUCUCCUUUAGCCUGUAGAGGUCAUUAGAGCUUCACUUCCUGUAAAUGCUCUGUCAUACUGGAUACUAGAAUGUCUGCUGAACAUCUCCAUUAACUACCAGGACUGUUACCUACCGGCCUGAAGCCAUGAGACUGAUCUGUGAAACAGGAGAUAAAGUCGAUGAAGACCCGGCGCUGUGGCAUCCAGACCGACUUCCUGUCACGCUCCCCUCGCUUCCUGACCAAUCAGAGCUGUUUGGAGAGACACUGUGAGCCAACAAGACUGUCCUGAAGUUCCCCUGUUAGGCUUCAUGUUCAGACGUUGUUUACUUCUGUCCAGUCUUCAUGUGAUGUUUCUCUAAGGGUCCCUCAGCUGAAGAAAAAGCUCCACGUCGAUGAGUUUCCAGCUGAUGCAUCUGAGAGGAGCUCAGAGACUCUUACUGCUUCAUUCUUCUGUUUGUCUGUGUCCGUCUCUGCUGGGCUGGGUUCCCGGUAAUCCCGCAUCUGUAUCACCCUCUUCUUUUUCCUGAUGGCCUGACAGAGAAAUCACUGUUUGGAUAUUUGUUGACCUCCUCCCCUGUUGAUCGUAGAAGCCCCGGCCUGUGGAAUAAGCUAAUCUGUGGCCCGAUCCGCUAAUUCUCUGCUGUUUGUCUUUAAUGUUCUGAAUCUGCAGGGCUUGGUGGUGUCUGAGACUCUGGCAGUUUGCUCCACUUUAGCCAUGAAAUUUAAAAUUCGCACAAAUAGAACUGACAUACAAUCACUUAUACGUCUAAUCUUAAUAACUUGUCGUCUUUAGCCCCUAUCAGUGUCGUUUGUCGCCCGGUGAAAUCACUUGAUGGGCAGACCACACAUGCUCUAUGCAUCUCCUGAUAUCGAUGGUUUGUCCGUUUGUGAGUCUAUUGUACCGAGUUUUUUUUAACAUUUUUCCUCUUAGCUCUUAUUCUUAAAUGUGUUCUGGAACUCUUGGUUGACAGAUUGACUUUCAGACAUGUAGCACAGCGAGGCAGCAGUUCACCGUACUAACAGCCAGGGGGCGCAGGAGGUACUGAGCCGACUUAACACCUGAACACCAGUACCUGAACACUUCAUCUGGAAUCCUUCUGGUUUCCAUCCAACUUUUCCAGCCAGGCCUGUCAACAGCCCAGCUGUUCAAUUCUGUAUUUCCCGUUACUUCGUCUAAUUCGCCUACUUUUUGUCUUCUUAUUUUGGCGUCAACAUCCAACAGGCUGCUGGUGUCCUGAUAAUCGUUUCUCCUGAGGAUUCAGAUGUGUCUGAAUACUGACUUCUGGCUGAUUUCGGUAGAUGUGAAUCUGUUUUGACUCCUUCCUGUGUGCUUUUAAAGCCAGAUGUGUGGAGAAAAAUUCCAUGAUGAAAUGUAGACAUUCCAUAAAACUAGUGAAUUUUUCCUCCCAGUUUACUUUUGAAAAGUGAAACCUGCUGUACUUAGAGGCUGGUUCCACAUCACUGCUGUCUUUAAGCAGCGUUUAGAAGCUAACUCAUCCCUGCAUCAGUGCUCAGAAGGAACUGUGAACUGCUGGCCAGACGACGUGUUCAGCUGAACACAACCAUGAUGUAUGUCAUGGAACUUCCCUUUAAAACAUUGAUGUCAGCUGCACUGAAAUGAGUGAAAUGAACCCGUGGGACAUUUUCCCGGUACUUUAUAGGAAGCGGAUUCCUGGAUGUGGGAAACGUUUGCAUGCUCUGCUUUUUGAGGAGCUCUGCUGUUUUCCUCUGAGGAUCUGCAUUUGACAGGUUUUCUGCUGAACUGGUUUAUUUCCAUCUGUUUUGUGUGUGCACAUAUCAGAUUGUUGAAUGAGCGGGGUGGGAUCACUAAACGGGGUCGACAUUACAAAGCACUUACUGUUCUGUAGUGGAGCUGAAUCUUUUGUAUGAAGGGCAUCUCCUCAGCUGAAGCUCUUGAGGUUUUUGGUAAAACCACACAGCUGUGCUCCCAUUCCCCUCCAUGUCCAGUCCUCCUACAUCUUUUUUGUUCUUUUGCAGUCCUUUCUGCUGCCUCUGUCUAUCUCUUGUCUCUCUCCACAUUUUUCAGCAUCCUUCUCCUUUGGUUCGUUCUCUGUACUGUUUUUUUUUUUGUUAGACCUGUCAGUGCAUACGGUCAUCAAGAAGCUAUUUUUUUUUUAAGAGAAAUGUUUUGGGGAUAAAGAGGCUUGUGCCUUUGUAAAGACAGAAUAAUAAAGUUUGUACUUUGUUUUUUAAA